UACUCGUAGAGUGAUCGACCAACGGUCACGUUCUAGAAACAUACUACGCUGUACGAUCGCUACAAGCACACGUUACCUUCUGAGAUGAAGUUUUGCGACGAUCAUUGAAAUAUUUGACAUUCAAAAUGAAAACGACAAUUCUUUUAACUUUAUUUGUGGUACUGGCUGUAGUGAGUGAUAGUGAAACGAAGAAAUUGUCUCGCAGUCGAAGUUCAGGCUCGGGACGUAGUUCCGGCAAAAAAUCAAACCCGCAACCCGCACCCACAUCCUUCAGUUACCCUCAACAGUCAGCACCCAAACCAUCUCUCUUUGGAUGGCAGGAAAAGCCAGCUCAAAAAACCCAAACAUCUUCAAGACAAUCUCAAUCGAGUAACCAAGGUCAUUCUUAUCCGUCGAGUCAUACUGGACUCUCUGGUAAUAACCAACCAAAACAACCAUCAACUUAUCAAGAGAGCAUACAAAGAAGCAAUGUACCGGUGCAACAUUCUGCUCCUCAAUCGCCACAAAGCAGUCACAUAAGUAAUUCAUAUCCAGCAUCAAACGGAUUAUCAGGAAGCUCUGGAGGAGGAUACCCACAACCCAAACAACCCCCUAGUUAUCAGGACAGCAUCCAAAGAAGUAAUGUACCGGUACAACAAUCCGCUCCGCAUUCGCAACAGAAUAGUCAUUCAUAUCCAGUGUCUAACGGACUGUCCGGAGGUUCUAGUUCGGGAUCUGGCUACCCACAAGGGCAAGGAUUAUCCGGUCACAACGCUGGUCAAACAUCAUAUCAAGGUAUAAACUCGGCUCCUAAUUAUAACAAACCGCAAAGUGGAAGUAGUUAUCCGAAUUCGAACGCUGGUAACAAUUACAACAAUCUACAAGGGGCACCACCUCCUUAUUCAAGUGGAGGAAACGGCUACUAUAAUCAUCAUCCUCAAGGCCCACCACCCCCAUAUACAAGUGGACAUAGUUAUGGCGGAUAUGGUGGAUAUGGUGGAUAUGGCGGACAUGGCGGACCAGGUCAAUAUAGUCCUCAAGCUCCAGGAUAUUUUGGAAGCUAUGUCAAUAGUGGAAGAGGUUUCGGAGGUGUAAGUCGCACGGGAAGCGCUUUGACUGGAGUGGGUAUUGCAGGUGCGGGUAUUGGAACCGUUUUAACUGGUUUAGCUUUAUGGAAUUUAGCUAGGUCGACUGGUCAUCAUCAUCAUACGGUUAUUUAUGAUAACCGAGGACAACCAAUUGCAGUUGCUCCAGAUAACAAUACCGCUCCCGCUGUUGAUCCCAUUUUAGGUGAUUUGGUUAAUUGUACACUCACGAUAGACAAUGGGAAUAACACAGAAAUCCUUGCCAUACCUUGUUCAAUUGCAACAUCAUUUACCCCAGAAGCUGACGUAAAAGAUGUUAGUAUGAAUAAUCAAACAGAAGAUAAAACAAAAUGUACGAUUACAGUUGUUACAAAAGCUGGAAAAGAAUUCAUGACCACGAUUCCAUGUUCAGUAUUAUUAAAUACAGCUGCUGAAAACAACGUUACAGAACCACCGAUACUUGAUAAUCCUAUGAUUUUUGAGAAUGGUACUUCGUCUGGUAAUAUUACAAUGAACUACUCUGAUCAACCUAGUGCUUUACCACUUUCUACUGCUGAAGAGAAUCUAAAAACUCAAGGAACGGAUUUGAAUUGCAAUGUGGAAAACGGAGAUAUUCGUGAUCCAAUAAAUCCUUGUUUUAGUGUGAAGCACGAUUUAACUGUUAUUCCAUUGAAUACAACAGAACAUCAGCAAACUAUAAAUUAAUAAUUACAGUGUACUACGAAUAGUUUCCAAGUGCAUUACAUAACGAUUACCUAGCAACUUAAAUACUAAUCUGUUAAUUGUGUUAAUUAUUAUAAUUAUAUUUUUGACUUUUGAAAAUCGAAUGUAUUCGGAUUGAUAUAAAAAUAUCGUUAAAUAAAAAUAUCGUUUCAAACACAAUGUUUCCUUUAUUACAUCAAUCAAAAUAUAUCGUCAUUGAUUGCUUAUUUAUUAUAAGGAACUACCUUGGAACUACCUACUUCAUUAUAAAUGUUUUCAUGUUAACCGGUAGGAGUUAAUGUUUCAUUUUUAGAAUCUAGGUUUCUUUUUAUUAUGUUUUUACACAAUAUGUAGCUAGUAGGUAUCUAAGAAGGCAUUUAAGUAGAUAGAUAUAAUAAAACCGAGAUAUUAAAUUUAUAAAAAUA